AACUGGUCUUCCUGGCCAUGUCUAAGCCCUUAUUCUUGUUGCCUGAGUCCAAGAUAUCUCACCUAUAAAUACAGGUAUCAUCACCUUGCACAAAUAUCACCCAAAAAACAUACAACAGAUCAUAAUCACUACUUUUAUUACUACCAAAAGAGUUAUGGGUUAUCACAGCUUCUCUCUCCUUGCCAGCUUUCUCUUGCUUUCUCUUGCAACCACAGCUUUCUCGUCAACACUUUCACCUUAUUACUACUACAAAACAUGUCCCCAAGCUUUACCCACCAUCAGAAGAGUUGUGGAGGAUGCUGUAAGGCAAGAGCGCCGCAUGGGCGCUUCUUUGCUCCGCCUACACUUCCACGAUUGUUUCGUUCAAGGCUGUGAUGCUUCAAUUCUUCUUGACAAAACCUCCACCAUUGACAGUGAAAAGACUGCUCCUGCUAAUAAUAAUUCUGCUAGAGGAUUUGAAGUCAUUGACAGAAUCAAGUUGGAGGUCGACAAGACAUGUGGACGCCAUGUGGUAUCGUGUGCUGAUAUUUUGGCAGUUGCAGCUCGCGACUCUGUAGUUGUGCUUGGGGGACCAACAUGGAAUGUGCAACUAGGGAGAAGAGACUCAACCACGGCCAGUAGGACUAAAGCCAAAAAGGACCUCCCCUCACCAUUGAUGGACCUCCCUGCCCUCAUCAAAAACUUCAAAAAUAAAGGCCUCGACGCCAAGGACCUCGUUGCUCUCUCUGGUGGCCACUCCAUUGGGUUUGCACAGUGUUUUACCUUCAGGAAACAUAUUUACGAAGAAUCCAACAUCGACCCGACCUUUGCGCGUGAUCGCCAAUCUAGAUGCCCGAAAAACGAUGGGAACUCAAACCUAGCACCUCUGGACCCAACAGCUGCCAUUUUCGACACCAAGUAUUUCUCCAACUUGGUGAAGAAGAAGGGGCUUUUGCAUUCUGAUCAAGCACUGUAUAAUGGUGGUGAGACAGAUCAGUUGGUGAAGAGAUAUAGCACUGAUGUUUGGUCAUUCUGGAAUGAUUUUGCUAAGUCUAUGGUUAAGAUGGGUAAUAUAAAGCCAUUAACUGGGAAGAAAGGCCAGAUUAGAUCAAACUGCAGAUGGGUCAACUAGUGUUUUAGAGUCACUUGUGUCUAUUAUUUAUUUAUUUUUAUUUAUUUAUUUAUUUAUUUUUUGGGGGGGGGGUGGUUCAAAUAGCAUUAAAUAUACCAUUAAAUAUUUUUUUUUAGCAUUAAAUAUUUAAGAAAACAAUUUGUUGGGUGAUAAGUUUUUUUUGGUUUUUGUUUUUCUUUUUCUCUACCUUGAGAAAGUCGAAGGAAGAGAUUGAGUAUGUAACCUUUUUUUUACGAGGAUUUGUUUGUUCAAGACAAUGUUUGUAAAGAAUGUACGUGAUGAACAAUUGCAUCAAAUAUUUAUAAUUUU